CCAGUCAACAUGACCACACCCAUGAGCCCCAAGGAGAUCGAGGAAGCGUUCAUCAAGGUCACUUUCGAGGAGGAGACCCCCCUGCAGCCCUCCGUUGGUACUGCUGACCGCUUCCAUGAUCCGUGGGUUGACCAGGCGUCCAACAAGUUCAGCGAGCCCACAACAUUUGGAACUCGACAACUUCGCAAGUUGUACCCUAACCACACGAUCGUGCCCGUGAGCGACUACGGCAAUAGCAUCCUCAGCUUCCCGGGUGCUCUCGUCCAACCAUUGGCACCAUCCGAACUCAUUUCGUCCGUGUACUUCGUUCCUGUCGCCAGACGUUUGUCCCAGAUACCUGGAGUCCUAGUGAACCAGAUCUUCUUCGGAUCCUUCCGUGUCGCUUGGGACAAAUACGAGUACCUUCUCUAUGUCGUCAGAUUUCCGUAUGGCAUGGGUUCUCAAACCCAACAAUAUGUUCUUCACGAAGGGCCCGAGGAACCUGCGCGCGCCCUUGUUCUGGCGGCAGGCGGCUGGGCCGCACAGUUGCAUCAAGAAGUCCUCGUCUUCAACCAGGGUUUCUGGCGGAAGGACCAUGACAUGUGGCUAGAUCUCCAGACGGCCAACUGGGCGGACGUCAUUCUCAAGGAGAAAUUCAAGACAGCUCUGCAGAAGGACGUGUACGGCUUCUUCGACUCCGAGGAUCUAUACAAGUCCCUCGCCAUUCCGUGGAAGCGCGGCUUGAUCUUCUGGGGUCCGCCAGGGAACGGGAAGACAAUUAGCUUGAAAACGAUCAUGAAGGAAUGCGAUGCAAAGGGCUACGUCCCGCUCUACGUGAAAUCCUUCAAAUCUUGGAUGGGCGAGGAGGGCUCCAUGCAGGCCGUCUUUGAGAAAGCAAGACAGAUGGCUCCUUGCGUCUUGAUCCUGGAAGACCUUGAUUCCCUCAUCAACGACUCGAACCGAUCUUUCUUCCUCAACCAGUUGGACGGUCUUCAAAGCAACGACGGCCUGCUGCUCAUCGGUACUACCAACCAUUUCGACCGGUUGGACCCUGCUUUGAACAGCCGUCCGAGUCGUUUUGACAGAAAAUACGAGUUCGCCGAUCCCGACGAAGAGGAACGCACCCUGUACAUCCAAUAUUGGCAAGACAAGCUGAAGGGCAACAGAAAGAUCUCAUUCCCGGACAACCUCGUCAAAGAAAUUGCUGCAGAGACCGACGGCUUCAGUUUCGCCUACCUGAAAGAGGCAUUUGUGUCGUCUCUCGUCGUGCUGGCCGGUUAUGAAGGCGAUGAGAAGCCUGAUUUCCGUGACGUGCUGAAGGGACAAGUCAAGUCCCUUCGCGACCAACUCGACCAGGACAAGGAUAAGAAGUUUUCUCAAUUGAGUCUCGCCUCUGCGGUCUCAGCCGGAGCGCGGACUUCUGCCCCUCAGCCCAACGCCAGUCGCAUGGCUCAGGUUGAUGAACGGUCGCUUGGCCUGGCGCGUAUCUGGGACGCUGCCUCCGGUGCCGUCGGGAGGAUGCCUGGAGCUAUGCCUGCGGGCGAUGGACAAGCGGGCGCCAGUGCUGAAGCUCACGGAAAGGAGCUGCGCAACUUGGGCUUGUCGUUUGGCAGGUCCUUCGUGUAGUAAGUCUGUGUAGGCUACGCCUGGACACUAGGUAUCUAGCGGAUGGAUUGGAGACGUGCAUGUAGAUCUGACCUACACCCUCGGACUUGUACAAUUACUUACUUGCAGUGAUCGAAAUACCCGAAAUGUACCCGGCUGUGACCGGUUGACCCCACAUGGGACCGGCCGUGCGGCUUUGACGGCGCUUUUUGGCCGCUUCGAUAGUAUCAUCGACGCUGCGGUACUUAGGCACAUCUCCUGCCCUGAUUGUAUGCACACAAGUAGUGCCUAGCGGCAUGCACUGCCCGAGUCGAGAAAAAAGGAUAUCCGACUCCGAAUUCGCUUGUCGUGGAGGGGUUAGGCCCUCUACAUCACAAGCUCGCACUUGACCUCGCAUCUGGACGGAAGGUUCGCCCCAGCGGACAUUGACGGCUGUUAUGCUGGUUCCCUGUCGCCCUGACUAGUCAAAGUUUCACAACAGGGGCCGCGUAUUCGCAUCCUCAUAUGCAAGGGAACCAAUCCAUCGCUCUGCCGUGCGUGCACCGCGUGGGGUGCGACUUGCAUCAUCAUCACCUAUAGCCCACUGGAGCAACGGUCCGAACUCGAUCCGACGCGCUUGUUGAUCUAUUGAGCGUUGCUGAUCACCGCGCUGUAGACGACAUGCUAUCGCCUUGGACUGAAAGCGUCUCCUCGCGACCCAGCCCUACGGUCACAACUCCCCGGCGCUGUCUGGAAGCGGGCAUGACGUCUCCGUUUCA